AUGGCAGAUCGACAGGCUCAAGACCAAGCUGCCAAGGCUCGCAUCGUCACCCACAUGAACAAUGACCACCACGACUCCGUCAGUCUCCCCACAGCCACACACACACAUGUGCACACAUACACACAUCUCGAGCGAUUGACUAACUGACUAAUCCCAUACAGAUCGUAAGAUAUCUCCAACACUACGCCAAGCUCUCCUCGCUCAGCGCCUACGACGGCCAGGCCGCGGACGUCGACCUCGCGGGGCUGACGCUGUCGUGCCAUGGCAAAACCUACCGCAUCCCCUUUGAGCCCGCCAUGUCCUCGUACCGGGAAGCGCGCGAGCGCGUCGUGGAGCUCGACAAGGCAUGCAGAGCUGCGCUGGGCCACUCCGAUGUCACGGUCAAGGACUACGCGCCACCAACGGGACUCUAUGCGCUCGAAUUCAUCGUCAUCUCCGCGACCUUCUUGGGCUAUUCCCAGCGGUGGUGGUUUGCUCCAGGAGGGCCCGUAGAGCGAUUCCUGGGGGCUGCAUUCGCUGGCUUUAGUUGGACGAUUCAACCAUGGCUUCUGGCUGGGCUGUUUAUCAUACAUGGUGCGGAAAUGCUUUACUUUGCCGCUCGCAAACUCCCAAAGCAUUCGAUCAACAUCCGAUCGCAACUGUGGUGGCUCUGGACUGCGAGCUCCUUCAUCGAGGGUCAGUUCGCGUACAUGCGCUUCGACAAGCUGGUGGCAAUCCAACGGGAAAAGCAGAAGCAUUGA